GAUUCCCUAGACUCUGCCACAAAAAUCUCUGAACUAGACAACCUGACAUACUAAUUAAGCUCCUCUAUCAUUCCUGUUAUUAUGGAUCUUCCUCACCCUAAUUCUCAUCAACCACACCACAUACACCACUCUUUCCAUCACUCAUUCUUCACCAAGAAACAACUCACACAUUCCUCUCUUUUUCUCUUCUUUCUCCUCGUUAUUACUUCUAUUUUUAUUUUCUCACCUUCGCAUUCUCUAACUAGUUUCGCUUUCUUUUCCCGAAUCUUACCAAGAAACCAGAACUACUCUGGUUCCAAUGAUGCCGUAAAUAAUAAUGAUUAUACGUGUGAUUAUUCGAAUGGGAAUUGGGUUCGGGACGAAAAUUAUUCUAACCGGUUGUACACGGAGGAAUGUCCUUUCCUUGAUCCAGGUUUUCGAUGUCGGAGAAAUGGACGAUCAGACGUGGACUAUCUUAACUGGCGGUGGCAGCCUAAAGGAUGUCAUCUUCCUAGAUUCAACGCGACUGAUUUUCUGGAGAGGAGUCGAAAUGGACGUAUAGUAUUUGCUGGUGACUCCAUUGGUAGGAACCAAUGGGAAUCUCUAAUAUGCAUGCUCGCACAAGGAGUUUCAAACAUUUCAACAAUAUAUGAAGAACAUGGAAUCCCUAUAAGCAAACACAAAGGCUUUCUCUCAAUGCGAUUUCAAGACUACAACCUGACAGUAGAGUACUACCGCGAACCAUUCCUGGUAGUUAUCGGACACUUACCUAAAAACGCGCCAGAGGGGGUCCGAGGCUUCAUCAAGGUUGACAAGCUUCACUGGUUUAGUACCAGAUGGACUACAGCUGAUGUUCUUGUAUUCAAUACAGGACACUGGUGGAAUGAAGACAAAACUGUAAAGAUGGGAUUCUAUUUUGGAGAAAAUGAGAGUAUUAACAUGACAAUGGAUAUCACGGAAGCAUUUCAGAGGUCCAUAGAAACAUGGAAAUCAUGGGUGAUGCGGAGUUUAGAUCCUGAAGCCAGCCACGUCUUCUUCAGGAGCUAUUCCCCGGUCCAUUACAGGGAUGGAACAUGGAAUGAAGGAGGUCAUUGUGAUAGUAAUACCUCACCGGAAACAAACUACUCAAAACUGGAACCUGAGACAUCAAAUAAUCUGUUUGUUUCCAAUGUAAUCAAACAGAUAGAAAACAAAAGGAGAAAGGCAUACUUCCUAAAUAUCACAUAUCUGACAGAGUUGAGGAACGAUGGUCACCCUUCCUUCCAUCGUGAACCAGGCACUCCAGUUGAUGCACCACAGGAUUGCAGCCAUUGGUGCUUACCUGGAAUACCAGACACUUGGAAUCAAAUUAUUUAUGCUCAUCUUCUGUCAAAGGGCUUUAGAACCAACCUAAAGUGAAUAGAAAUUAGUGUCAGAGGAACCUCGUUAAUUUUAUGGCUCUUAAGGUUUUUUGUUCCUUCAUGAUGAAUCAUUUGGAACUCCACCCAGGUUCACCAUAGUGGUUUCCGUAUGUUCUUCAGGCUUUUAAGCUGCCUGAAGAAAUCUACCCUUUCUGAUCCAUGUAUACAGAAUCUGUGCAACAGACAACUCAUAGCACCUAUAGAGAUUCAUUUUUGAAAGCAUAGACAAGAAAACCACAGCAGAAGAACGAACCAAUGCUGGCUUAUAUCUUUAACUGUUGCCAACAUUUUUGCAUUGUCGACUGCAGUAAACUACAGGAUAUGAAGACUCGGAUUUUGUUUUAUAUUAGUCAAGACAAAGAGAGAAGUCGCAUCAAGGAACUUACAUUUUUUGUGGAUAGAGAUCUUGCUAAGAUUGGUGAAUGUAUAGAUGAUAGUCUAGUUAUCUUGUGAUAGAAUCUACAAGGGAUAUGCCAUGAAAGUUCGUCCAAAUUCUAAUGAAUGUUCAAAACUCAU